AUGGCAAUCGGUUUGCUUGUCCUACAGCCAGCUACAUUGGAUGAUAUUCCCGAAUUGACCGCACUAUGGUUUGAAGUAUUCACAGACCCCGCUAUGCGGCAAUUAUGGCCCGACACGCCCGGUACCCGCAAGUGGUGGGAGGAAGCCAACCGCGGGGACAUGACCGAAAAACCGUAUCAGAAAUACGUCAAAGUCAUUGACCCGGAAUCGAAAGAUGCCAACGGCCGACCGCGGAUAGUCGCGUAUGCCAAGUGGGAUCUGGCUAUGCCCGACGAACGAGGGCCUCGGUUCCCGCCUUGGCAUGAGGAUAUGGACAAGCAGGAAUGUGAUAAUUUCUUCAAUCCGAUGGAGAUAAAUAGGAAGCGUAUCUUCGGUGAUACGAAGCAUUACUAUUUGGAUAUGUUGGGUACACACCCCGAUUACAGAGGACGCGGGGCUGGGUCGAUGCUCAUUAAAUAUGGCUGUGAGCUUGCCGACAAGAAUGGUGCUGGGGCUUACGUGGAUGCUAGUAAGGCUGGAGCACCGUUGUAUGCCAAAUUUGGAUUUGUCGAUGAGAGCGGGCCGGAUGGUGGAGAGGUUGCUUCAAUGGCUCGCCGAUGUGUCAAU